UCUGGCCAUGAAUAACAACAACAACAGCACGAACAACAACGACAGCAGUAGUAACAACAAUAACCUGCUCAACAGUCCGCAGCAGAACUCGAAGAUCGAGCAGGAGAAGCCGGAUCCGGACACCAUCAAGAUGUUUGUGGGGCAGGUGCCUCGCUCCAUGGAUGAGAACGACCUGAGGCGCAUGUUCGAAGAGUACGGCAAGGUGCACUCCAUCAACGUGCUCAGAGACAAGGCCACGGGAGCGAGCAAGGGCUGCUGUUUUGUCACGUUCUUCACCAGGAGAGCGGCCCUGAAGGCACAGGGUGCCCUGCACAACGUCAAGACCUUGGAUGGGAUGCACCAUCCCAUUCAGAUGAAGCCAGCCGAUAGCGAAAAUAGGAAUGAGAGAAAGCUGUUCGUGGGCAUGCUGAGCAAGAAACUGUGCGAGAACGACGUCCGCGCGCUUUUCGCCGGCCACGGCGUCAUCGAGGAGUGCACCGUGUUGAGGGACGCUACGGGCAAUUCCCGGGGAUGCGCGUUCGUCACGUUCUCCUCCAAGCAGUCGGCGCUGAUGGCCAUCAAGAACCUGCACCAGUCGCAGACCAUGGAGGGGUGUUCGGCGCCGCUGGUCGUCAAGUUCGCCGACACCCAGAAGGAGAAGGAGCUCAAGCGGCAGCAGCAGAUGCAGGCCAACGUGUGGAACGCGCUGGCCGCCCCCGCGCUCAGCUCGCCGCCUCAGCAGUACUCGCCCGUGCUGCCCACCGAGGCCACCUCGCUGCAGCUGCUGCAGGCGAUGGGCGGCUCGGCGCUGCUGCAGCAGCAGCUGCUCACCGGCACAGAGAACCUGCUGGCGCCCAUCGGCGUGCAGAACCUCGUGACGCUGGCGGCCAUGUCGCAGCCUACGGCGGCCGCCACGGCGCCCCUCUGCAUGGCCAACCUGCUGGGGAAAGGCGCGGGGGUAGAGAGGACGCUCACGGCGGCGGCGGCAGCGGGCCUCCAGCCUGGCUUGUCCACGCCGGACCUCUCCACCUACGGUUCGCUCAUCACUAACGCCACCAUCAAUGCUGCUGCGAUAGCCGCCGCCGGCAAGCAAGUCGAGGAUUCUAGUUGGAUUCUUACUGAGCUUCAAUUACCUAGAUGUUUAUUCGAAUGGAACCCAAACGAAAUGCAUCUAUACAGGGUGCCCCAAAAGGAAGUGCACAAACGGGAACAAUCUUCAGGUCCAGACGGGUGCAACCUGUUCAUCUACCACCUACCCCAGGAGUUCACCGACACCGACCUGGCGUCGACGUUCCUGCCCUUCGGUCCCGUGAUAUCCGCCAAGGUGUUUAUAGACAAGCACACGAACAUGUCCAAGUGUUUCGGGUUCGUGUCGUUCGACAACGCGCAGUCCGCUCAACAGGCCAUCUCAGCCAUGCACGGCUUCCAGAUAGGGACCAGGCGGCUGAAGGUGCAGCUCAAGAGGGCCAAGGACUCCUCCAAGCCCUAUUAGCCAAAGAGACGAGCCAGUCAACCCCCAGUACCCGCGCGGCCCGCGCCGCGCCCCAGCACCGUGCCAGUGCAGUGCAAUCUCAGGAUCUAGCUGCUAUUUUUAUGAACUGUGAGAUAUUUUUACUAGUUAACGGCGGCCAGUGGCCGUUUGUAAAUUAAAUGAUUAUGUAUAUGACGAAUGACGAGGAUGUUCGGUAACUAAGUGUUAUGUUUGGUUCAAUUUUUAUUUGUCAUGUUCUUGGUUCGACAGGUUUUUCUUUUUUUUUUUCUUUCUGUAUACAAUGUGUUCGUGGCGUAAGGCGCGUAGACAUCCUCUGUUGUUUAGUUAUCCUAGGCCAUAUGUAAAUGUUGAGUGAUGAUAGUUAUGUUUAUUUGGAGUCAAUUUAUUAUAAGUACCCUUAUUUUAUAUACAUCUGAGCAUGUAUUUGAAUUGUACCUUUAUUUUCUAUUGUUAUUAAACCAAAGUUAUUAGACCAAACA